AUGUACAACAAUACGAUCCAUUCCUCGCAUCACGGAACACCGUUCUACGCCUCUGAGGGACGCCACCCAUAUAGCGGACUCAAUCCCCGUGCCACAGACCACGUACCCGCUGCCACGUCAUACGCUCAGCACCUCAAGAAGGUUCAUGAGGAGAUCGCGUCCGCUCUACGUCAGGCUAAGGAAACCAUGAAGGAGGUUUACGAUCGACACCGCCAGGACGCUCGCAACUACGAGGUUGGCGACCAAGUGUGGCUUGAAGCGACCAAUCUCAAGUCCAAACGUCCUUCGCCUGCACUCAACGAAUGGCGUCAUGGCCCUUUCAAGAUUCUCGAGAAGAUCGGCGCAUCCGCAUACCGUCUUGACAUCCCUCCGACGUGGAAAACGCACAAUGUGUUCAACGAGGCUCUCCUCACGCCCUACACCCCGCCCGCCUUCGCAAACCAGGCCAAUCCGCCAGAGCCCCCGCCUGAAAUGAUCGAUGGCGAAGAGCGAUACAAGGUUGAGGCCGUUAUCAACUCCAAGAUUAUCGGCCAAGGUGCACACCGAAGCAUGAUGUACUUGGUCAAGUGGAAGGGAUACUUGGAUCGUCACAACAGCUGGGAGCCAGUCACCAACUUGAUGCAGGAUGCCGACGAGGCAAUUGAUGAUUACCACAAGGCACAUCCGCGACGUAUGCGUGUCUAG